CAUUUGUUUUCGCACCGCACAGACACCCACAGGUUCAUCAUGGCAGGAAUCGCGUCCACUUUGGCCAAGAAGCGAGCGCGUGCCGCGGGGUUCGGCACCAACGCGAACGCGAACCCGUACCUGAACCAGAACUACGAGGCGCUCCGGAGCCAGUGUAAGAGCCAGGGCCAGAUGUUCUGUGAUCCUUAUUUCCCAGCUGCGCCGGAGUCUCUGGGCUUUUCGGAGCUCGGACCGAAUUCCUCCAAGACCAGGGGAGUGCAGUGGAAAAGACCCGGAGAGCUGUGCGGUAAUCCAACGUUUAUCACCGGAGGAGCUACACGGACCGAUAUCUGUCAGGGAGCUCUUGGUGACUGUUGGCUCUUGGCGGCCAUCGCGUCUCUCACGUUGAAUGAAGAUGUGAUGGCCAGGGUGGUCCCCAGCGGCCAGGAUUUUGGUGCUGGCUAUGCUGGAAUCUUCCACUUUCAGUUCUGGCAGUUUGGUGAGUGGGUGGACGUUGUCAUUGACGAUCGCCUACCCACGAAGGACGGAAAGCUGCUGUUUGUCCACUCGGAAGAUUGCUCAGAGUUUUGGAGCGCUCUGUUGGAAAAGGCCUACGCUAAGGUGAACGGCUCGUACGAGGCUCUGUCCGGAGGCUCCACCACCGAAGGCUUCGAGGAUUUCACCGGUGGAAUUGCUGAGCAGUACGAGCUGAGAAGUGCGCCGCCGAACAUGUUCCAGAUCAUCCAGAGAGCACUGGCGGCUGGAUCACUGAUUGGCUGCUCGAUAGAUAUCACAAGUGCUGCUGAUUCAGAGGCCAUCACUCGGCAGAAACUGGUGAAGGGACACGCCUACUCGCUGACGGGGGCUUUCGAGGUCAAUUACAAUGGUAGUUUGGAGAAGCUGGUGCGCAUGAGGAACCCGUGGGGUCAGGUGGAGUGGACUGGAGCUUGGAGUGAUGGCUCAUCUGAGUGGAACAGUGUAGAUGCUUCGGAGCGGCCGAACGCCAAAGUGGAAGACGGAGAGUUUUGCAUGGCGUUUUCCGAGUUCCAGAGGCAGUACUCACGGGUCGAGAUCUGCACUCUGACGCCAGACGCCAUCAAUAGCGACCAGGUCAAGCCGUGGUCCGUGACCAACUUUACCGGGACCUGGAGGAGGGGCUCCACAGCCGGAGGGUGCAGGAAUAAUGCUCAAACGUUCUGGAUGAACCCACAGUUUGUUAUGAAAUUGAACGAAGAGGAUGAUGACCCGAGUGACAACGAGAAGGCCUGCAGCAUUGUGGUGGGUCUGAUCCAGAAGAACCGGCGCCGUUUAAGGAAAGAGGGACAGGACAUGCACACUAUCGGCUACGCCAUCUACGAGGUGCCUUCACAGUUCCAAGGCCAGACCAACGUGCACCUGGACAGGACCUUUUUCCUGACACACGCGCAGAAAGCUCGCUCUGAGACCUUCAUCAACCUGCGCGAGGUCAGCACGCGGUUCAGGCUGCCUCCUGGCGAAUACCUCGUCGUCCCCUCAACCUUCGAGCCCAACAAGGACGGUGACUUCUGCCUGCGUGUCUUCUCUGAGAAGCAGCAGGAAACCAAGCGGUGUGAUGAUCCUGUCGAUGCUAAAUUAAUAGAUGAAACCGUGUCCGACAGUGAAGUAGAUGGAAACUUCAGGUCCAUGUUUAUGAAACUGGCAGGAAGUGAUAUGAAGAUCUCUGCUACGGAGCUCAAAACCAUAAUGAACAAAAUUGUUUCCAAACGUACUGAUAUUAAGACUGACGGCUUCAGCAUGAACACAUGUUACACCUUGGUCCACCUCAUGGAUGACAGCGGCGAUGGGAGGCUUGGCCUGGGCGAAUUCGCCACAUUGUGGAAGAAAGUGCAGAGAUACCUGGAUAUCUAUAAGGCAAAUGAUAUGGAUGGCUCCGGGAAUAUAAGCACACCAGAGUUUCGUUCAGCAUUGGGGAAAACUGGAUUCACUCUGAAUGACACCAUCUACCAGAUUUUGGUGGCCCGCUUUGCCAGUACUGACCUCACUAUUGACUUUGAUGACUUUGUGGCCUGCCUUAUGAAAUUGGAGCUGAUGUUCCGAAUGUUCCAGAAGAUGGAUCCACACAAGACUGGUUUCAUAGAGAUGGACUUCCAAACGUGGCUGUGUUUAACGAUGAUCUAAACCAGAGCUGCUAAAUAUUCAAAAAAGCUUGGAGUGAGAUCCUGAAAAUAAGGGCACUAGUUUUGCAGACACACACACAAACACAUACAAACACACAAAACAUCCCCACAGUUUAUACCCAGCCAUUACGUCUAAUACUAACCAUACACCUUAACGUGCAUGGCUCAGGUUCUGCAUAUUGUAGUAGUGGAAUUCUAAAGCAGCUCCAUGCAGGGCAGCAGAGAACUCUGGGGCCUAUACAUAAGUCGUCCUAUUACAAUAUUUGCAUCGAGUUUAAUCAUACACAAAAUGAUGUAGAACUAUUUCUUCAUACUUAAUAUUUUAAAAACAGUGCUGAAGUGGUAUAAGUCAAUUUUAACACGCUGCAGCCGUUUUAAGACAAAACUUUAUCCUCUUUAUUCGAUCUACUUUUUUGAUUCUUUAUCUGUGAUACACUCUCCGAUUACCGAACAAUAAGCGUACAACUGACCGUACAACUUAGUGUAAACCAGCUGUAAGAUACUCAACCUUAGAUCAUUGGAUUUCUUUGCAUUAAUAAGUUAAACAGAGAGUUCUGCUUUACAAAAUGACACACAGACAUGUACGUGGGAUUCAUUCUGAAAUAAUAUCAUCACUUACAAACUCUUUAGCCGUCAACAACAGGUACUAACGCUUAUGUAUAAAAUAAUGGCAAUAAUGCAAAAAUAAAGUACAGUACUUAUACUAGUGUAUUGAGUAAUGACAAUGGUGCAUAGAGAAAUAACAGUUAAAGAAGGAUCAAUAGUGAUUAAAAUUAUUUAAAAAAAAAAAGAAAAAUAUGCCCCCCAAAAAAUGGAAUUGUGCUGCAUAUAUGAUUAUGUAUCUAUCUCUCUGUUGGAUUACCCCUCUAUGCGUGAGUGCAUGAUUUAUCUCUAUCUCUAAAUACAGUUUUUAAGGCUUUACAUGUUCUCAUGACUAUACAAAGUAUGGCAAUAAUAAACUCGAGAUAAAUAUUUUAUGGUUCCUGUACGUAUUUGUGUGCAUUUCAUUCUUUGGAUCAUAUUAUGUCGCUCUUUUUCAACAAAUUUUACUCAUUCUUUUAAUGCUCCAGCUGGUGUAUAACUUUGCUGCAGUCUAUAAAUGCAUUUGAAUGUUGAUCUAUUUUAUUAGAAUGUUGAUCUGUUUAGCGUUAUUAUGACUCUUCCAAUUAUUAUCUCUGACUUAUGGCAUGCAUAAGGACUAAAAAAUUAUUUGGUGUGUGUGUGUCUACAGUAGAAUAACAGUAGUUGGAAAGUUAAAAGUGUGCUAACCGGAAGUAGAAGGGGUUUUUCAUUUAUGUUAUGGGAUUUUUAAUUAUGUAUAAAUCAUAAAAGUAUGCAAAUGUAAGAUUUGUGUUAAAGCCAGUGGUUCUCAGUAGGCUGUUAAUUAGCAGAUAAGUGUGCUAGGACUGAGCCAGGAGAUCCAGGGGGGUUGUCCAGGAUCAGCCUUAAGAUCUAUUGGUUUGAACGAUAAAUACUGUAGGCUAUAUUAAAUAAUAAUGAUAAAUUAAUAAUCUAUGGAUGCUUUGUUGUUAGAACUUUACCAAAGAAUUUCUUUAUGACUUUAUUUCAGGGUGAAAAUUGAGCCAUCACAAUAGAAAUUUUGUGUCUUACAAAAAGACAAAGGCUGAUAUAUACAUAAUUAUGUUUUACUUAACAUAAUGUUUCAAGAUAAAAAUGGUAUUGGAUCAAAUACUGAUGUUUUUUUAUUUGGUUGAAGGAUAAGAGAUGGUUUUAAAAAAAUGUAAUGCCUAUGCUAAAAAAACUGCUAGAAUACUCUCAAGAACAUUUAAUGUUUAUGGAAAAAAUUACUAUUGUAUUUGGCAAUUCUUUUCUUUCUUUCUCUCUGUUUCAUUUUACAUUUUGUAAGUACCCCUUAAGUUUUAAUUAAAAUAUAGAAGA